ACCAUCUAUUGUGAAUCAUUGCCGCUAUAAAGUUUGUUGCUUGUGUAAAAGUAAUUUCUGAUAUUUUUGAUGCCAAAUUAUUGUGUUUUAAGUGCAUUUAUAAAAGAUUGGAGCGCAUUUGCAUUUAAAAGUUAAUAUGCCUGGUGGAAGUGCGAAGAAGCAAAGUCCUGGAGUUGACUCGUCGCGAGCAAAUACAAGUAAUAGUUCAGUACGAAAUGCAAGCGGAUCAACGGGGAGUAGCAGGGCGCGCAAAAGAAAGAGAUGUAAAGUCAAGCGGUUUAGUGAUAGUGACUUGGAAUCCGAAUUAGAGGAUUGCAAUAUGGAGGACGCAAUUGAAAUCGAAAAAAAGUUGCGAAAAGUGGCCAAAGACAACGAUCUAAGUCACGACGAGAUGCGACAAUUGAUACAGAAAUUUGUUAAAAAUGAACAUAUACUCGCGUUGGUCACUCUUAAAGCAGAAGAUGAGAUUGCGCGUGAACGCCGGGAAUCCGAACAACCAGCCAUAAUAAUUACUGAUACACCCUCUGUGCCUAAAUUGACGCGCGCCAAAGCACGCGAGUUGAAUAAAACGCCUGGUAUUACAUUGUCAGCAAUAAAUGAAAUUAAAGCGCCGGAAAUCGCAACACUUAUACAGGACGAAUUACAUUCAGAUGAAGACGAUGAGGAGUAUGUCUUCAAAGAGGAGGAUUUUAUUUCCGAUGAUGAUCCAAAUACCACAGCUUCCGAUUUGGAUUCUAAUCCGCGCACACCACAAACACCUUAUUCUCAGACAGAAACCGAAGACUCGCCCGUAAAGCUAACCGACGAUGGCUGUUUCAAAAUACCAUUGGAAAAACAUAAAAGUGCGCGCGAAGAUGUGCGUAUUGCGGCGCGUACGCGUUCAAAAUUAUGUUUGGAGCAAAGAGCUAUCGAAGAUUUAGAGUCUGAGUUUGUGCCGCCUGAUGUGGAACAAAUUGAUUUGCAAGACUUUGAUAUGACUGCGAACGAUGAGGAUUGGAUGCAAUUUUUAAACGAUUUUUCAAAACCAUUAAACACCAGUUUUGUAGCAGAUGAAGAUGAUCCCAUUAAUGAUCCCGAGUAUGUUGCAGCCGAGAAGAUAUUUGAGGAUGCCGAAGAGUUGCGUGACAUCAAUAUACCCAGAAAAGAACUAACUGAUCUCGUGGCUGAACUCUUCGAAGGUCUAGUCAAUGAAGGUGUUUCACUUGAAAGCAUUGAAUUGAAUACACCUGAAAAGUUUUUAUUACAUAACUACGGCGAAACAAGCAUUACUGCAGACAAUAACAAUAGUCCGCCCACUGAGAGGCUGAAUACACCUGCCAUUCCUGUUAAUGAUGCACGUGACCAUGUAGUAAGAGCGCUAAAUUUUAACACACCAACAACACGUGCCUAUAAUACGCAAGCGCCACCGACGAAUUAUGUUGCUGAUGUACCACCUUUAGUGCCCAUUAAUAAUAGACCCAACGUCACUGUCAAUGAUUACACAUUCAAUCCGCAUGUUGUGUCCACACCAUCAACGCAACUACAAGCGCCGGUGGCAUAUACAAACAGUCCCGAACAAGGUGGUAGUCAAGUUGUAACACUACCCGCGUCCAAUUUUUCGUCGGAACCUGAGUGGAUAGCUGUUAAAAUACCCGGCCAAAGUAACUCCUAUCAAUUGGCACGCGUUGUACCCAAUGCUAAUGCCUUUGGACCACCACCACUGGUGAGAAUACAGCCACAGCGAUUGAUGCCAGCACGUCCAGCUGAACAGUCUGCUACCCCGAAAGCCACAGAAGAUCCACGUUAUAGUGUACCAUACGACACGAAUUUUACAUAUGAAUAUAUUUCCAUUCGAAAACAUGUGUAUACUGAAUACUUAAAGCGAUUUGAAAGUGUACGCAACAUAACGCAUGAUGUGUCACAAAUCUCCGAGUUACCAAACGAAGCAAUAGGCUUUACAAAACAACAACAUGAUAUAUUACAACAACAGCUACGUAUACACGUACAAAUGCUAACACAAACAUUUAUACAAAGCUACUCACAUCCGAUCUAUUGGAAGCUGUCGUUUAAAGCGAAAGAUAUGCUGUUGGAAAUCGAAAAGAGAGCACAGGACGAUGCAUCGUUUAGAGCGUGGAAUCUCAAGUCAGCAGUGAGCCUUAUACAACAAUGGGAAGAAGAUUUAAAUAAGGAUACACCGGAAAACAAAGAAAUGAUGAAAUUCAUACACCACGAAAUUAGUAGCACCAAAAGCAAUUGUCGCCAAGUGCCACGUUUUCCGCCACGCAUUAUGGAAUUCGUAUUGAAUAGCGAAGUUUUCAUGUAUCCCGAAUAUUUGCCGCGCAUACCGUUCAUAUCAAGGCGUAGCAAGUACGAAGCGUUUGCACCUGCCGAAAUGCAACUGAUUGCAAUGGGUCUGGAACGGCAUAUACGUAAAAUACGCGAAACAGGUGAGGAAAUAUCGAAGAAAACCUCGGAGUUAAAGGUGGUCGUGCAACGUUUGGCAAAGGAUACCGUCUACGGCAAGUCGUAUAGACGUAUAUGGGCUCAAGUAAAAUGCUUGAAAAGCGCAGAUUAUUACAAUCCCGUGAAGUACUACUUCGAAUACAAACGUGCGCCACCAGUUCAACACAAACUUAUUUAUUUCGAAAACAACAAAGUAUUACUGCCUAAGGAUCGUUACACAGAGCUACCGUUGGCAUGGCAAACACAUAUUGAUGAGAAAAGACGUGCGGAAAGAAGAAAACGUGGUGUUUAUGCAACUGAAAAGGCUGGUUCGUCCUAUUUGGAAUUCGUACGUGAAGCUUUGGGCGAAGAUAUAAGACUACCUGAUAGCACAACUGAAGCCUCAACACCGGACAACAGUGGUGCUAACUCAACGUGGUUUUCACAGACAAAAAACAAUACAUUCUUCACGAAAUCUCGUUCGAGAAGAAAUAUUGCUAAUUGCGUGACGAUAAAUGUAAAUUAUCAUUUUACUGGUGUUACCACUACAAUUGGUGAGCCACAACAACCCACCAAUAACGCAACUGCUUUAGCGAUAGAGGAUGCAACUCCUACGAGCAAAGAAAAUUUGAAUGCUUCAGAUUUGGGAUGUACGCCAUUAUCAUGUGCGUCUCCGUUAAAGAAUUCGAAUAUCGCUUCAUUCAAUUACGAUUGGCGUUCAAAAACUUUGCAACCGAUUGUUGAACCGAAUCAAAGUGGCGCUAGCGUGAAAUCUACUACUUUGCGGUGUAUAAGUGAAGCGCGUGAUUCAACAGUUACAUCAGCACGACGCAAGUUGCAUUUGCCAAGUCGGCUUAAAGCUGCGCACUUGAAAAAUACGCGCUUCAGGACAUUCCGCCGUGCGAGUCACACAUUUGAACGUCAUAAGAAAAAUAAACGCCAACGGCAGCAUAAAUUAGGCUUUUUAUUGAAUAGCUACCGCAAUAAUUUAAAGCUCAAAGAAGUGUUCUACAAACGUGUGCCAGUUGUGCGCACAGUUUACAGAUAUUUCAAAGCUUUAGAGUUGUACACAAAUUUGUUAAGAGAUCUCAAAAUGGCUUGCCGUAAUGCUAUCGCUGCCACAACUGCUGGUGGUGUCACAACCAGCAAUACGCAACCGUUAACUACUAGUACGCCUACUGCAAUGCAGCAAAUACCGACAGCAAAAUUUUUUGUGCAUAGUGCACAACAAUAUUUCGGUAAACGUGCGCGCGUUGAAGAGGACGCCAAUGUCUCGCGCAGCAAAAAGGCAAGCCGACAGGAGGAAAACUUCAAACAUAUGCUGCUGCCUGAUACGGCUGAGGAUGCAAAUCGCAAAGAUGCAAUUUACGCGCUUAACUUUUAUGAGAAGGUGGAGGAAGCUUUCAAAGCUUCUAAUCGUUCUGAAGACUGCAAAAAAUUCAAUCAUAUACUCAAAACAUUCGACCCGCGUCGUGAUAAGGUUUCGGAUUUAUAUUAUAAAUUAGAACAACUUUUUCUGCCCGAGCAUCCUGAGCUGGCUCAGGUGUUUCUCACAUUUCUGUUACCAUCUGAAGCCGCAGAAAUAGGCAAAUUCUUCGAGCAUUUCAUGAUUAACAAUAUGACUACGUUUAUCAACAAAUUGAAUAUUUAUUUUAAUAAACAACCCGCGCAAAUACGUAAAAUCUACAAUUGCUUAGCUGAGUUGGCUGAGGAUCCGGAGGUUACUAUGAAGAAGGUUGAAUCAAAAAUUUUACCGCUGCUCAAGGGCAAUCAAUUCCUCAUUGACUGGUUUUUGCAACAAUUUACCGAGGCUAAACCACCAGAGAGAAUAUUUUCAACGCCAGAACAAGUAAACUUGAAGGAAGUCGAAAUCAGACCUAAUCUCUAUGAAACGCUCAAUGAUUCCACCGAAGUGGCAGCGCCUUGCUGUGAACUGCAGCAGCAGCAACAGCAACAAAACCAAAUACACAGCUGUCAGUUAAGGUAUAUAAAUGGCCGCAUCUUCUAUGGCAAUAAAAUGACGCUGCCCGCUAAACUCUCCUUCAUGGCGAGUAAUUGUCAGCCUGAAACGGCUGAAGAAUGUGAUAACGAAGAGCUGUCGGAACAACAAAUGCCCGAAUGUGUGCAUGGUAUACGAGAGCAUGGGGAGAAACAGUUGGCGGUUGCUGCGGACAAAGCGGCAGCAAAUGCGGCGGCUGAUUGUAAUAGUGAUGACAAUGAGGAGGAAGAUGUGUCUAAAGUGCUUAUAGUCGAUACACCGAAUGACGAGGACACCACCUCUUCACUGGAAGUAUGUGACGAUACUGCUCUUCGUGCACAUGCCAUGCGUCUUAAUCCCGCCUAUUAUGGUAACACCUGCUUUGCGCCUGUUACAAGCACACCAAAUACGGGCACUAACUAUGCGCCACAUCAUCCGAAUGCUAAGAAGUCAGCGUUGAAUUUCAACGAGGAGGGGAAAAUAAUAUCACCACGCAAACAUCCAACACCAGGUGCACCUACAUGCGCCAACACAAGCUUAACUCCGCUGCAAUGUCUUUCGCCAAAUGACGCGUGUGCUGCAACAACAGUUAACACACCGACUGCUAAUGCGGUCAGUAGUGUUGAAAGCAACGCGGACGCACAGCAGCUACGCGAUAAACGCAAAUCACCCACAAAGAAAAUUCGUUCACCUUUAUCAGCGUCACGCUUACGUCCAAGCUGCAGCACACAACCAAUGGUUGUGGUGUACGAACACAGUUCGGCCAUUGCUUGCGCGAAGAAACUACAAUCAUUAAUUGCCGAAGAAGACUGUGAAGGUGAAAUCGAUAAUAAAGAUCGCCUGGCUAUUGUAGCUUGUGUCAAAAACGUCAGCGACACGAGUGUAGGGUCGCCUGAUGCAGAUGACAGCGUUAUACUGCAAUCGCAUGAGCGUCGAGCAGGUUCACCGCACACGCCGCCACUGCUGUCAGUCACCAAAAUGGAGCACAGUGAUAAUUCCGAUGAUUUGGAAUUCAUACCAGAAAAUACUGAGGUGACAAAUUCAUUUGCGCACGCCUGCUACGACACAUUACAACAAACAAAACGUGCUGAUAGCAGCAUGCAGGAGUUGUCAAAUGCGUCCAAUCCUACGGCCACAACUGAAAGUUACACUGAAGAUUGUAAAUUGGAGGUGGUUGCCACAUUGAGCGCUUCAACGCCAGCUGACGUUGCAGCGACAUGUAAAUCCACUCGGGCCGCAGUUAAAGCAUCCACAGCUUGGACACGCGAGGAGGACAAGCUCAUAUUGAUCGAGAUGAAGUUGAGCGCGGGCAUAGAGAAGGAGCAACUCUUCCAGCGCAUGCAUGACAAGCUGCCAGCGCGUACUUUGGCGGAAGUUAAAGAGCGUUAUAAUUUCCUAAUGGACUUUCUGUCAAAACUGCAGGGCAAAUAAGUAGUUACUUUUGUUUAUUUAUUGUCUAAGAUUAAGUUUGUAUUAUUACCGUAAAUUUUUUUUCUAAUAAAAAUUCGGCAAAUCGAAUUUCGCGUUAAGAAUUCCAAAA